CUUGAACUCAACAUUAAUCUCAACCGCGAAUAUGCUUGAACUUUAAGAAAGGCUUCAAGGUUCAAGGGGGGAUUCGAGGGUUAACCAAGGGGUAACAGGUAAGUAUACAUCAUUCCUACAACUUCAUGACAUGGUUUCCAGCCGAACAACAGACUUGGAAAAAGGUUUCUGCUACCGUAUUGCGCAACUUCGGUGUUCAAACUUAACCGGGCGGUCGCCUUCAUAUCCAUGGCCUUUCAUCUACCUUCAGCUAAACAUGUCAUUCAUUUCCAGGCCAUUGUUGGCCGUUCCCUUUCACGUCUGCUUCUGUGCAGUCUAUUUCUCCGAGCCUACAUAAAACGGUCUGCUGGCUGAUCAGAUGCCCACGAACUGUCUGGUUACCCGAAAGACUGGAGAAUGCCAUACGAUUUUUGGUGGGUUUCCUCUACCCUCAUAUGCUCCUCCCGUGCAUAUAUCUUUGACAGGAAGCUAGAUUCAGACCUAUAUGCACACGUCAAAGCGUCCGGAUGUCCACAAGGGACAACUUACGAGCCGCUGCAGAACUCCAUGGAUUCCGUACACAUGAAUUCCUGUGACAAUGCUACUACAUCAGCUGUUUCGCAGCAUCGUGCUCAGUCGAAGACUAGUUACUGUGCAUCGGAUUCUUGUGACCCGCAUGUUGAGGACUCGUUGUCGAGUUCUGAGAAAGCUGUUACUCAACAUUAUGCUCAAAGUGUGGCAAGGCAGUCUUUGCGCCACGGCUUCAGUGAUUCGCCCAACUAUCUGUACUCUGUCGAUCCGCAAUUGCCUAGCACAAUGCCGCACACGAUCGGCAAAUUCCCCACUGCGCUUUUGCAUGUCCAUCGGGGGGAUAUACCCGGUGAACAAGAACCUCCAUUCAACAAUUUCAAUGCAUCAGAAUCGCCAACCCAAUGCCUGUGGAACGACAGCCAAGGCCAGUGCAGCUUUACUGCGGAUACCGUUAUGACCGUGGUGAAGCAUAUAUCGUUGUACCAUCUUCAUGAGCAUCAGCACCCCGACUGUCAGGUGCAAUGUCGAUGUAGGGGCUGCCUGCUCCCGAAGACCAUAAGACGAGACACAAUUCUCAGGCAUAUCCGCGAAAUACACUACGGGGACAAAUUUCGCCGCAAGCACUCACCACGAGUUCCGUCUGAACUUGAAAGACCGAUCACUUUGGGUCGUACUAUGUAGGAGGUGGUUCUAUUAUACCUUCUGAUGAUAUAGUAUUCCUACUAUCGUAACUAGUGUGUAUCUUACUACGAUUUAUAUGACGUCCUGCCCGUACUUUGUGCAUACAUUCUAUACAACUCUUCAUUUUUGUUUCAGCAUGUAGAACACUAGUCCCAUAUGCUGUACAAGAGGACGUUUCCUGCCGUAA